CCAGCCCACCCAGUUACCCAUUUCCCGAUCCGAGGUUGCUUGUUCUUCCUCGCCGGCGCGCCGCCAUCCCCCCUCCCCGCGACGGCCAGGUGGGCGGCAGCGUCUCUCUCCCCAGUCCCCACCUUUCUCCGACGCGAAGGGAGUUACCAGUCUGCCGCCACUCCUCUCACCCCGCCCCGGCGUGAGCUUGCCCCCUCGCUGGCCUGCUCCAUCUGUCCAUCUGCGCUCGUGCCGUCCCUCGCUCCGGCGUAUAGACUUCUGAAGCGAACCCACGCUGCCGCCGCCAUUCGUUCGAGCAUUGCAAGCGACGGUAUCGAGAUCUGGAUCCUGAAGUGCCUGGGCAAUGAGCGCAGGUGGAGCGUUUGGUGGAAACAGGGGAGUGAGGCCUGUACCUCCUGAAAAGGGUGUAUUCCCUCUUGAUCACCUGCACGAGUGUGACCUGGAGAAGGAGGACUAUCUUGCCUGCCUGAAAUCAACAGGGGCUCAGUCUGAAAAAUGUCGGAUGUUCUCGAAGAAAUACUUGGAAUGUAGGAUGGAGAGGAUUCUAAAUCAUGUUGUUCUUGCACAAUCCAGAAACCUGAUGGCGAAGCAAGAUAUGUCAGAGCUUGGGUUCAGUGACGCAGACGUUGUGGUCACACCUUCAGAGGAGAAGCACAAACUGCAGAGUCCAGCAAGUGAUUCGAAAGAGAGGAAAUAGCUGGUAAAUUUACAAGUUCCUUAUCCGUGAGAAAAAAGGAAAUAUAAAAAAGAGAAUAACAAGGAGAACUGACACUGAGAUAACAUGUGUUUGUGUAAUUCGACAAGCUCUAUGUGUGGGAUAUAUUAUGGAUGCGGAGGAGUGUCUCGUGUUAUUUUGCUAGUUGUCUGAUAAACUAAGCGAUGGACCCAUGGGCCUUUUUGGAUUGUACUCCUUCCGUUCAUAAUGUAAUGUUUGACUUCCCAAAACAACAUUGUGGAACGGAGGUAGUAUUGCAGAAUUUUCUUUUUCUGUCCUUUGAUCGAACGGAAUGGCACUUGUAAAAUGAUAUUGUUCCCUUUUACGCCCCAA